GCAGCGGCGGCGGGCGCAGUGUUUCCGGUACUGUGUGCGCGGCGGGGCCUGGCACCGUGACGGCGGCCCCGUCAGGUGGGGCGUUGUCCGCGCACGCUCCCGCCACCGAGACGGGAGGGGCGAGGCGAGGCGGGCGUGCCUCAGGCAGAGGCGGAAGGAGCGCGCGUGCCCGAGGCCCGGUGAACGGGGCGGGAUGAGUGGCGAGGACGGGAACGAGGAGUUCUACCGGCAGCUCCAGCUCCAGCAGCAGUACGAGGCCAAGCCUGCCGAGGGCGAGGGCGASUCUGACCCCUUUACCUACGUGGACCCGGCGGACGGGGCCGCCUACGAGUGGGACCGGGAGAAGAAGGCCUGGUUCCCCAAGAUAACAGAAGAUUUCCUGGCAACCUAUCAUGCCAACUAUGGCUUCCGUGCAGAUGAGACAGACACUUCGUCUGCUUCUGGGACAGCCACCGAAAGUAAGCAACCGGUAAGUUCUAAGACAUCGGGAACGCAGUCAUCGGCAAAUGAGACGGGACCGAAACAAACGGAUCCAAAACAAAAAUCGGAAAAAAGGAAGCUAGAGCCAGGGUGGUUUCAUGUUGAAGAAGACAGAAACACAAAUGUUUAUGUGACAGGUUUACCUCCAGACAUUACAAAAAAUGAAUUUAUACAAGUCAUGUCAAAGUGCGGUAUCAUCAUGCGAGAUCCUCAGACAGAAGAACACAAGAUCAAACUGUACAAAGAUAAGGAAGGAAAUCUUAAAGGAGAUGGCCUCUGUUGUUAUCUGAAGAGAGAAUCSGUUCAACUUGCUUUGAGGCUUCUGGAUGAAGCAGAAAUACGAGGCUAUAAAUUGCACGUGGAGGUUGCAAAGUUCCAACUGAAGGGGGAGUACGAUGCAAGCAAAAAGAAGAAGAAAUGUAAAGACUACAAGAAGAAGUUAUCUCAACAGCAGAAACAGCUGGAUUGGAGGCCAGAGAAGAAAGAUGGGUCAACUCGAAUGCGGCAUGAACGCAUUGUUAUUAUCAGGAACAUGUUUCACCCCAAGGACUUUGAGGAGGACCCUUUAGUACUAAAUGAGAUAAGAGAAGAUCUGCGGACUGAGUGUGAAAAGUUUGGUCAAGUAAAGAAGGUUCUCAUAUUUGAUAGGCACCCUGAUGGCGUGGCUUCUGUGUCAUUUAAAGAAGCAACAGAAGCCGAUCUCUGCAAGCUGACUCUAAAUGGAAGGUGGUUUGGUGGCCGUCAGCUCAGUGCUGAAACGUGGGAUGGUGUAACAGACUAUCAGGUGGAGGAGACUGCAAGAGAAAGAGAAGAAAGGCUCAAGGUGUGGGAGUCGUUUUUAGGGGAUCCCGAUGCGAAGGAGCAGCAAACUCCGUCUGAUUCAGAUUCCGCGUCGAGUAGCGUUAAACUGGCUGAAGGGAAACAACCUCCAGAGGUUGAUGACCCACCUAAGGAGGAUGCAAAUGAUGAAGCUCAUAAGAGGGAGAAUAAGUGUGGAGGCAUUAAUGAAGAUGGAGCCCCCUCCACAGACAGCAGCCUCGCAGGCAGCGAUGAUGAAGCCRAUACAUAACACUAAUGCCGUAUGAAAGCAAGAUUUUCAGAGUGGUAUUUGAGUGUUUCCCUUUCUUCAGGGUGAUUGCAGAUAAUAUUCAUACAAAUAUAGGCAUAUUAGAAUGUCAUCAAGCGUGUGCUUUGAAGUUUUCAUUAAUCGCAGUGUUUAAUGAGGUUCUCAAAGUUUGAUUAAUUGGCCGUUCAGGUAAAGUAACUCAAGUUGCUAAGAACGCGGUAAAACUCAUGAGGCUUCUUUUGUUCUAACUGUGCUUGUCAGUGUUUCAUCCUGUGAGUGUGAAACAUGUUCCAACCCUUAAGUUUAUGUAACUGUAUGUAACUUAAGUAAUGCAAAGCUUUUGCAAGAUUUGUGUAUUUUACUGUUAAUUUCCCUAUACCACUCGGAACUCAGUGUUUCAAUGGUUUGUACGUUGCAUCGUUCUGCGGAACGGGUGCUGCGAUACACGUCGGGUGAAUGCGUUGGAUGCGUUGCUAUCUGUUGGGUGGCAAGUGAUGAGUACCACCAAGUCACAAGCUUAAAGAAAGUGGCAAUGUUGCCAUAGCGACCCUAAGGCAAACUGAGUGAACCUAGAUUAUUAAAUCACAGCGUCCAGCAAAUUAUUUUUUCCUUCCCCCCGUUUAGAUCUUCUGUUUAUGUUGGAUAGAGGCUGGAAUUAUAUCGAGGAGACUAGAAAUGCAUGAGCACACGUUCCAGGCCAUAAUAAGAUUGAUCUUAAACUCACAGGAGUAUGCAUGCAGUAGGUAUCGAAGCGCGCUUUUGUUUUUUGCAGUGGCUUUAUUAGUUUUUGGUUUUAUAUUACAAUAAGGGUUUUUGUUCAGCUUUGUUAGCACAAUGGAUGCAAGUUCUCCUCAAAAUUUUAGUUUAGCCCUGCAUGCUCCCCCGAGUGGGGAGGAUCUUCCGUGUUUCAUAACAUUUAAAUGCUUUGGGCAGCUCAAACGACAGUUUGUUGUGCAAAAGUUAAAAUGCUCUAAAGUAAGUUUUUAGAUAAUGCUCUUACAUGGAAAAAGCAAAUGCUGGCCCUCUUCAAAAUAUUUCCCAAAGCAAAGACUUAGAAGAUACUCUAAUUUUAGAUACCUUAGUAAGUGGCAGGCUUUCGGAAAUAACUGUGGUAGCUGUUUUGGGCGUAGUCAUUCUUCAUUUAGAGUUCCAUUAUUUUGAUAAAUCAGGAUAGAAGAACAUGGAUUUAAGCACUAGACAAUUAAAAACUCAUAGCAUGCUGUUCAUAUGGGUGGUUACCAGUAUACACUUGCAAAGAGGAUCUGUGGAAUUUUUUGAUUCGUAUCGGAUUGCAAGAAAUUAUAGAUGCUAAUUCUUCUAUUUCCAUCAUGAGGUAAUCGGAAUACUCUGAAGAUGUUACUUUCAGACCUUGUCAUCAGAUAUUACAAUUGUGUAUUUUUUACUGAAGUCUGUAGGGCUCUCUAAGUUUAUUUUGUGGGGUUUUUUUUUUUAAUAUGUAGUCAGUAUGUGUGGGUGUCUAUGCCAAACAAAGCAUCUAAGUUAUCACUUGCCACUUGUGGUUAUAAAUUGCAUCUUUUGUGACAAAACUAGCUGUCAUAUUUGAAUUCGGGGCUUAAAAAAGUCUGGGGGCUUGUAAUGUGYUGUUAUGACAAAUUCCCUAUUUUGAGUUGCAUUAUGAAGAAGAGGUGUAACUCUUGCCAGCUAAAAAAAGUCCGUUUUCUCAUCUUUCCGAGCGCAUGGAUUGUGCGUUUCGGCAAAGUAGGUGUUUGAAGAGUUCAGGUAAUCUGGUUAGUAUCUGUGCGUAGUGGCGUAUUCAGAUACGUUUCUGGGUUGCGUUGGUUCUGCCUUAGUUAUUUUUAUUAGUAAUAAGCACCGCAGACCUUUGAGAACUAGAAGUGUUUGCAUAUGAGGAGUGUAAUGUCGUGUGGUGAGUGUGGCUUUCUAUGCUCCUUUUUUAUUCCAGCUUCUAGACUCCAGGCUUUAGGUUUCCUGUGUUUCGUUUGCUUGUUUGUUUUUUGGUUUUUUUUUUUUAAGGGAGCCCAAUUGUGUAACACUACACACUUAAAUCAUCUGUUUUACAGUGGAGUAGCAGCUGAUAUAGGGAAACUUGUGGACAGAUGUAUAAAAUAUGUGAAGUUCUAUAAUGCCUUAUCGUGGUAUGAGAUGUGGAAAACAAGGUUAGUGUUUGAAAUAAGACUUCAAAAAAUAAAGAAUUGUUGUAUGUGCAGUAAACCUCGCUCUCUCUUGCAUUUGAUAUGCAAAUUUAACUGACUUGCUGCAGAAAUCCAAUGUGAUCUUUGUCUUUUAACCUCCUUUAGACUUCACGCUAAAGUAGAACACCGACAAAGACCGAGACCAAAUACUUUACUGGCUUUCGUAUUAACUAGGAUUCUUAAAAAAUAAAACCUUUUUUUCCAUGCAAAUACGUUGUUCUGAACAUAAUGCUCAAAUUCAUAUUUUCCUUUUGUCUACCUCUACUUUUCCCCAGUAAAAUGUAAAAAUAUAUUUUUGUAAACUAUUCAUUGAGUUAUUGAGGCAUUUAGUACUCCAAGGAGAGGUUAAUGCAGCUGUGACUUUUCGGCAGAUUGUCAUUGAGACUGAAUUCAUGAGAUGUUUUCCUUUUUGAAAUUAUGCAAAUUUUUAUAAAUCAAACUGAACAGUAAUAAAAAAAAGUUCACAGAAGUUCAAAGAGCUAUUUUGGAGUAUGAUUAUGAAAUUCUCACACUAUCAAGCAGUAAUGUUUAAUACAAAAUUUUAACGAAUCUGAACAGGCUGAGUUGCUUUUUAAACAUACAUAUUUUCCUUACUGAACGGGAUCAUACAUAAAUUGGUAAGACAUUAAAGCCCUAAUGGAAUUUUCACAUUAUUAGUUCUUCAAUUAGAAAUGUUUUCUAAUUACUUUUCUUGCUUAUUAGAAGUGACAAAACCCACCUUUUUGCUCCGUUUCUAAGGUUUUUUAGGUCCCGUUCCUGUGUUCCGGUAUACUGCAUGUUCUUCCAUCCCUAUGCUUUUGGUGAGCGGUUCAUUUUAAGAGAAUCUGUGACCUUCCCUCUGUAUAUGAUGAAAACAAUAACUAGCAGUGGACUGAAAAAUUUGUGGGUAAUUUUUUUUGGCUCUGUUUUCAACUAGAGAAAUGGUUGUUUCUACCAAUUCGCAGUGUAACGGAUGUGAAGCCGCUCUGAAUACAACAGCAGGGACAGAGUAUUAAUGAUCCUUCAGCAUAAUUUGGUAUAAUUGCUUUCUGAACCGUCCAAAAUCAUGGCUUAGCUUCAGGAUACAUUGGUAGUUUGCUUUAGAAUCGAAUGCUUUUCAGUGGGUUGUUAGGGAGGAAUUUUUAUGGAGUUAACGUAUUCGCCAGAGAUGAUGUGGCUUGAGCAUGGCCAAGGUGGACGCCUGGAAAAAGUCUCAAAAGGCUUUCUAGAAAGUUUUCUCUUUUUUUGCAGGUUCUCGAAUGUUCAUAUACAGGUGUAAAGGGAGAAUUAGUUUCAUUUUGCAUCAAAAUGUUUAUCUGUUUCUCCUGCUGAUUUUUUUUAAUUAUUUUUUUAAUUUAAUUUCCAUCCCUCGGAAAGCUUCGGUUUUGUGUAAGGAUUGCAAUUCACUUAAAAUCUUUAGUCCGUUACAUGCAGGGCAUUUUAGCUAAACCAUGUCCUAGAGGUUCUACAGGUAAGGUUAAUCUGUUAACAAUUACAAAUAUUUAGCUUAAUUACCUCAAUUCACUUGAGAAAACUUAAAGGUGUCAAAUGCUUCAUAGAAACCCAAACUUGGCUUUCUGAUUUUUUUGGCUGAAUUCUUGAACCUAAACAAAACCCAAUUUGGAAAAAAAUACAAAUACAUUCCUAUAGAUUUUAAUUGGAUUUUAAAAUUUUUAUUUCUGAAUUAGAGGAAACAUGCUGCUGUAUGGUAAAUGAAUUCUGUGAGUUGUGUAUUUGUGUUGAUUUGACUUGUAUGUGUUUCAGUGCUCAUUAUAGCUUGACAUCUUACUGUCAGGAUACUCUAAGAGUUCUGUAAAAUAUUUAUAAAAUUAUGAAACCUUUUGCUGCAAACAUUUUUUUCUCAUUCUGUAAUAUGAGAGUAAAUUAUUAGAUUAAACUUUUAAGUAAGUUGACUUGGAAUUUUUUUCUGACAGGUCGUUUUCUUUCUUUAGAAAAGCAACAUUAAAAAAGCAAAUUGUAUUUGAAUAGUAUCUACACUUGUGACAGCAUCCGAGAAUCCCUUUGUUUGCUUUCAAUUUGUUUCUUAAAGGGGUUGUGUUUUAUACUACCUUUUUAAUAAACAAACUCGUGAACGGAACAAGUCUUUGCUGAUUAGUUUUGACAUAAU